AUGUUGGUGGCGAUCUGCGCUGCUCGCGUUCGCUAUAUCAGCCGAAAAUUUGACCAACACAACAACCUUCUUGUGAUGCACAUACCCUGUUACAAUGAGAACGAGACCGUACUCCGCAAAACAAUCCAGUCCUGUGUUGAGUCCAGUUAUGACAAAAAGCGAAAGCUGCUCUUCAUUGUCGCAGACGGAACAGUCGCUGCCCCUGGCCAGAAGCCUAAUUACAGAAUAUUGUUGGAAGAUAUUUUCAAUCACACUGAAGACCUUGAGCUUGGCGUCGAUAACCAGGCCCAAACAUAUACAUCGUUCGACUCAAAUGGUACUUCAGACAACCGCGCCUUUUGCUGCACUGGCUACUUUCGAGAGGUGCCCUACGUUAUUGUGGUCAAGGUUGGGCGAGACGACGAACAAGACAAUCCUAAGCCUGGGAACCGAGGCAAACGGGACUCUCAGCUCCUGGUCUACAAUUUCUUCCACUACGUCAAUUGCCGCAGAUUUUGGAGCCCACUCUUUGAGAGCCUUGAAUUCAAAAUGCGAAGCUGCCUCAACAUGGAUGCCCGGGAUGCUAUGCAUAUGCUGGUCGUCGAUUCUGACACGGAGGUUGAACCAACUGGGGUUUCAUACCUUGUGAACCAGCUUCAAAAGGACCCGAAACUUGUCGGAGUUUGCGGGUACACUGGAGUCAGCAACCCUUGGAGUAGUUUUGUGGCUUGCAGUCAGGUCUUUGAGUACUGGCUUACUCACGCCGUCCUGAAGGCAGUGGAGAGUACAUGCUCCAAUGUCUUGGUCCUCAGUGGCUGCUUCACCAUUUACCGACUGAAAUGGCCAAAUAACAGACCUGCGAUUCUGCAUCCGCUCAUCUUGGAAGACUACGCGGGGAUAUAUGACAAGACCCUGCAUGAACACACCCUGUUGUCCAUUGGUGAAGACCGUUAUUUGUCCACUCUUGCAAUUCGUUAUUUCGGGGCCGACUGUCGACUGCGGUAUUUCCCCGCUGCAAAAUGCGCUACUUCGGUUCCCGAGACUCUUCCCGCUCUUCUUGACCAGCGACGCCGGUGGACAAAUUCUCUGAUUCACUGCCACUUUGCUCAUCUCAACGUCCUCCCCUUUGAAGCAUCAAUUUGGGCUCACAUCAGGCUAAUCUUUGUCAUUGGCUGCGAACUCUUUAUGGUGUUUAUCCUGCCCCUCGCACUGCCAGCCGGUGCCGUCCUUGCAGUGAUCUCAGUCUUGUUGACAAGUUACGCUUGGGUUAUAUUGCUUACAUUUUGUCUUUUACCGGUGGUCAUAUGCAUUGUCUGCAAUGACUGGAAAUACAUUCCAUUCUAUCUGCCAUUCUUCCCCAUGAUCGCCAUCUACAGCAUUGUCAUACCGUUUUUCUCGGCGUGGAAACAAGACAAUAUAAGAUGGGUUCAUCGUUCAGUCUAUGUAUCAAAGUCUCCCAAUGCCGUCGAGAGCUAUGCCUAUGAAUGGUAUUUUAUUGAAGUUUGA